AUGGGCGUUUCCUGGUCGCUGCUGGAGGACCCUGCCACUUGCUGGGAAGUCAGGCAGGAGCUGGAAGAAGCUGGAGAAGGUUCCUCCGCUCCCGCUGAUCUUAGAGACUGGGUGGAGGACAGUCAGGACGAGGAGACGGGCCCACCCUCGCCCCACCAGCCCGAUCCCACCCAGGAGCAAGGGGACGCCCAGGUCCUGCUACGCUGCCCUUCCUUGACCCUAGUCUUCCCACGCGACAACACGGGAACCCUGGCCCACACCUGCCAAACCCAUGACCUGCCAGAGGGUGGGACCUCGGCCCUGCACCUCCUGCGCCUGGUGCACGCUUUCUACCAUGCGACCAUGGACCGGGAGGAGGGCAUGGCGCUGAUGCAGCAGGGGGGCCUGGCGGGCGCGGCGGGGCAGGCGCUGCGCCGUGCCUUCCUGGACGACGUCCCAAUCACCAGGGCGCACCUUCUCGGACCCCGGCUCCGCUUUGAGGGCCUGAGCAGGGCGACACGAGACCCGGCAGCUGCUGUGUAUGAGGUGUGGCUGGGUUGUUGA